AUGCCUCGAGGCCCGCCCCCUGCUAUGGUGUUGGUGUCCGCAAUUGCCCUCUUUGUAUGGUACAUCAUCUGGACUCGCGGCCACGAGCGACCCAUUGACGCGCUCUCCCACGCCGACCGCUUCCGACAUGCGUUUCAACAAUCACAAGAAGUGGUGGCCGACAUCCCCAAUAUAACAGCCACCCCGGAGACGUUACACGGCGAGCACGUCAUGGGCAAGCUCGGCAACGAAACCCUCAAAGCAGAACUCGGCCGCGCAGCCUGGAAAGUCCUUCACACGACCAUGGCACGAUUCCCGGACGAGCCGACAAAGGACGAGAGCGAUGCCCUCAAGAGCUACGUCUACCUCUUCGCCCGCCUGUACCCGUGCGGCGAAUGUGCGGAGCACUUCCAGCAGAUACUCAAGAAAUAUCCUCCUCAGACGUCUUCGCGGUCGACUGCGGCCGCCUGGGCCUGCUUCGUGCACAACGUGGUGAACGAAAGCAAGGGCAAACCGAUCUUUGACUGUGCCAACAUUGGAGAUUUCUAUGACUGCGGUUGUGCAGAUGACGAGAAGGAAGAAAUUGCCCGGGCUGGCGCGAAGAGUGAGGCUAUCGCCACCCAAGGGAUCAGCGCGAAGCAGGAACCCGUUGAGAUUGAGGUUGAAGGGGAAACAAGAGGCGGUUGA